CCACUACGCCGCUGACAUCCAGUAACUCGAUGAAGAACUUGAACCAGAAGGAGGAAGCUGCCAGCAGCGACAGCGCAGCGCUCACCUCCUUGCGGUCUCUAUAGUCAGGGAUCUCCGCCCCAGUCACGCUUGGCUACAGCGCUGGGCCCGGAUGCGCCGCCAUGCCGACUCUGUCAGCGAAUUAAAUCAUUUACUCGCCAGCCUGACACACACUGGCCCACCAGAGUUAAAACGAGGAGCUCCGCGAGACCGCCAGAAGGUAAAACCCAAGUGUCUUUCUAGCUGUGAAAACUAACGGAGAUGUCUAUCGAAGAGCAAAGUGCAAAAGCUGGCAGUCCAAAGGCCAGUUCGGCGUCCCCUCUGCAGCUUUCAGACAGCACUGGCGGGUACAGCAGCGUCUCCGUGAUGAUGGAGGAAGCCGCAGCCACCCCUGACUUUGCAGCUGCUUGUCCCGUCCCAGACACUGCAGCCUCGCCAAAACACACAAGCACGGACAGCGCGGGACAGAGAGCCAAAGGAAACGAGAACAGCAUCCAGCGCAGGAACUCCUUCCAUCAUUCGAAACAACAACAACAGCAGCAGCAGCAGCAAUCGAGGCUAACAAAGCGGCGCUUCACCGCGAGUUCCAGCUUCAAAUACCCCACAUCUGGGAAGAGGAGACGACGGGCCAACUCUGAGAGCGACUCCGUCCUGCCGACCAACUUCCUGUUGGGAGGCAACAUCUUCGACCCGCUGAAUCUCAACAGCCUGCUGGACGAGGAGGUCAACAGGACGCUGAACGCGGAGACGCCAAAGUCCUCCCCGCUGCCGACGAAGAGCCGAGACCCCGUCGAGAUCCUCAUCCCCAGAGACAUCACCGACCCGCUGAACCUGAACAGCGGGAUAACCGACGGCAGCUUCAUGGUGUCGCCGUACAAAAGCGGCGGACGGAAGCGACACCGCAACAGACACCAUGGAGGAGGAGCCGCGGGUCCCAGCGGCGUUUCAAGCAUCCAGACGAAUCUGUCUGAGUCGGAAAGAAGCGAGGUCAAAGCCAACCCCUGCGCAGACCCUCCAGGGGUGCCGGGUGCGUCCUCCGCGCAGGAGGCCGUCAAAGAGCUCAGCAGCUUGCCAAGCGUCACGGGGGAGUCCCACGAACCCACGGCUAUUAUCUCAUCUAUCUCCAAGGAGGAGGUGACGCCUGCGCCUGCGGAGGAAGCCGCUUCUUCCUCCCUCGGAGGGUUAAACCAGCACGCAAGCAGGCGCAAGCGACGGCGCAACUCUGGCAAAAUGGAGCCUCCCCUCACCCACUCCACCCCCGUCUGCAAGGCAGCGUCUGGAGAUAGAAGCUGUGGCCCGGCAGGGCAAAGAAUAUCCUUCCACACGCCGUGGGGCGAUGGUCCAGGACUUCGCCCGCAACAACCGCAGCAUCACCACCACCACCACCAGGCAAAGGAACAUCACAAGAAGUUCCAGUACGGCAACUACAACAAGUAUUACGGAUACCGCAACCCAAACAGCAGCGAGGACCCCCGCAUCCACGUGCUUUGUCGGGAGUGGUUCGAAGGUAAGGACGUUCUGGACUUGGGGUGCAACUCCGGCCACCUGACCCUCUACAUCGCCAAAACGUUCAGACCGGCGCGUAUCUUGGGUCUGGAUAUCGACAGCGGCCUCAUACACGCGGCCCGCAAGAACAUUAGACAUUACCUGUCUGAGCUGCAGACCCAAGAGUCCAGGCGUGCGGUGCAGGAGCAGAAGCCUGCCAAACAGGAAGGGAAUGAUGGGAACGGUUGCCCGGCGGGCGCGGAGAAGAAACGCGACGGCGCCGAGAGCGGGGCUCCAAACGGGGACGCAGAGAAAGGACGGAGCUACCCUGCCGACGCUGUCAGCGACGGAGACUCCCGCCUCGCAGACGAGGUCGGGACCCGGAGGCGGGACGGCACGACGGAUGAAAUGGAGCAAAAACACUGUGAUACGCCUCCUGCAGAUUGCGCUGCUGGCUGCCCUUUCCCCGUCUCCCUGCGCAUCUCCAGGGGACCCAUCGCCGCGCCGCCGAUAACAGAAACGUGUGCGGCUCAGCCCGGGCAGUUCCCCGCUAACGUGUCCUUCAUCAAGGCCAACUAUGUUCUGGAGAGCGAUAAUCUCCUGGUGACGCAGAGGGCGGAGUAUGACGUGAUCCUGUGCCUCAGCGUUACCAAAUGGGUUCACCUGAACUGGGGGGACGGUGGUCUGACGCGGCUCUUCAAACGGGCCUACAGGCACCUUCGUCCAGGAGGCCUGUUCAUCCUGGAGCCGCAGCCCUGGGAGUCCUACGUAAGGAGGAAGAAGCUGACGGACAACAUUAACAGAAACUAUCGCAGCAUCAGACUCAAACCGGAUCAGUUUUCCUCUUACCUCACCAAUGAAGUGGGCUUCGCAAGUUUUGAGCACCUUGGGUCUCCUAAGUGUUCAGUAAGAGGUUUUCAGAGGCCAAUCUAUGUUUUUCACAAAUGACCACCUCUGCCUUGAACAACGCUGAAUGUGAGUAGCCGAAAGCCACCGCCCUUCAUUCAGGCCAGCCCGCCGGACCGUGACAGACGGGGUUAGCUCUUGAUGCUGAAGAUCAAAGUCUAAGAAAAAAAGAGCCACCGGGACCAAAACGUGGAAUUGAUUUCUCCGUCAACAGGACGCAUCUUAUCACAAAGACUGUUGACGAGUAACUAUCGGUUUGGCCAGACUGUGGAAGAAACGCUGAACCGAUCACUCCCUUGAACUGUCGGAGCGGUAACGAUACCCCCAGCCUGAUGCGUGGCCAUAAACUCUGUUUGCCCACAUGUCAUCACAUUCAUAAAUACUCUCCCAUGCCACAUAAUAGGCCAAGGGUUCUCAACUAGUUAUUAUCGCUGUUUUAACAAGCUUUAGAUGUUCUAGUCAUCAGAUGUGGGUUGUGUCUGCAGGACCGAGGUGUGCCACUAAAAAUUGGGCUCACUGAACUGGCUCAAUGCUAAGAAGAAGCCUUAUGAAGAUCUACACAAAUGCGGGUGGUUUUCUAGUUAGCGGUGAGUGAGAUUGCUUAGAAAACAAGAACCGGCGGGUCAUGAUUUUUUCCCCCCCCUCGGAGAAUUAAUACACGCGCACGUGUUGCCGUUUUAAAACAGAUAAAGGCCACGGAGCUAGGCUAGCUUAAGAAACAGGCCAUAUAAAGAUCAAAUAUGACAAAUCAAAACAAUAAGUUUCGUUUUCUCCGAUUUCUAAAUUCUUUUUUUUUUUUUUUUUUUUUUUAAUCUGUUCAACUGGGGACUAAUUAAGGAACAGCAGUGGAGUACACCCUGGACAGACUUACAGUUCAUCACAUUACCAAAAGCUUUUCAUUACCCUUAGAUAAGUGAAUAAGGCUUAUAAGUACAGAUGCACCGAUCAGAAUUCUGUGGCCAAUUUCUGAUCUUCGACUUUUAUAAAGCUUUAACCUGCAAAUACAGAUUUUGGAUUUCUCUCGAGGACCUGUAAUAGAAGUAGAUAUAAGAACAGCAUUGAAAAUCUGCCUUUAGCCUUUCUGCCAUUAGCGGUUCACAUCAGUUCACAUCUGCAUCCUCUAAGUGAUUUAGCACAGUUAGCUUUCCUUAAACGGCAGUCUUUUUGUGUGUGAUCUAAAGAACACAUAGCCUUACCUUUUUAAGUCUGAGCUUACGAAACAGGAUUCCAACGUUUCCAAGGAAUUGUUGAAAGCUCAAGAGGGUAAAAUGGAAGCUUCGCUGCAACACAUGGGACAACCUUCCUGUUAUCUCACGAAAAGUCUCUCUUCCUUGCAGCCUGAACGAACCAUAAAACUGUUGAAACAAAACGUUUCCUUUUCGAAUAGCUUCUUACAUCUCAGUGCUUCCCCUGUUUUCAUGUUUAAACACCUCUCUGAUACCAGAAGUUACUUCACCCACUAACAAAUUCAGCUUCAGCCUGUUAGCACAGAGCCAAUGCGUUGGCUAAGAGGCGAAACAUCAGACGUCUUGUGGGAAAUUUGGUGCAUCUCCAGAAAAACUAUACAGUCAACAGUAAUGAUAUUGUCAUUUAUGAAGACUUGGAGAUAGUAGACGUUUAAACUGCUAAGAAAACAAAUCAGCUGUUUGAUUACGAAGCAUCAGCCACCCUUCUCAUUCUCAGCUGUGGUGAUCCGCCCUUUUAGCCCGUAACGCUCUUUCUGUAACAUUUUUGACAAUCCAAAGCAGAUCCGUUCUCAUAAUUGGCCACCGCUGCCCUCUUUAGCUGCUGACGAAGCUAAAGGAGCAGGCAGAAGAUCUGAGAGGGGGACGGACUCUGCGCUGUUCCUCACUGGUGGGCGGGGCCAGGGGGGAAACCGAAACGCCGUCAAAGGAUUUUCUUGCUCUAUGAGACAGAACUAUUUUUAUUGGUUGAAAAUAAAACCUUCUUUCAGAGGAAGCAUCCCCCUUUUUUUUUUUUAAGAGUAUGAUUUGAUUUGAUGUGCUGC